CAGUUAGUGUGCAUAGUACUAACAUCGAAUGACUAUCGAUUGCUUUGGCCUGGCCGACUAGAAAGUUGAAAGGUCAGUCAAGUAGGAAAACAGGAGGCACGUGUGUUCCGGAAAGUUUGCUUCAUUAGAAAUCCAUUGUUGUAUGCAGCUGUAUUAGCAGCUGCAGAGAUGGCGGCCAUCUUUUCGGGUAUCCACCUGAAACUGAAGAGCCCUCAAACUCCAUGGGAGGACAAGCUAAAGCUGGCACGUUUUGCCUGGGUCUCGUCUCAGUGUCUGCUUCCAAACAAGGAACAGGUGUUGCUGGACUGGUGCACCCAUGCCUUGACGGGUUGGUACAGUCAGAAGGUUGAGUUUUCUCAGGACGUCUUAGAAGGUCUUUGGUUGUACCUCAACGACCUGCUUCGCAGCCAGAAGCUUCAGUCACUCCUCAAACAGGGCAAGACUGUGAGCCUGAGACUUAACAUGGCACAGCUGCUGCUCGACCGUCUUCAGGAAUAUUCUCACACUGGUUCUACCCCGUCAGUUUCCGCGUCACUUGUCCUUAGUGUUUGUCAGGGUGUCGUGUCUUGUCCAGUUCUGUCAUCUGUCUUCAUUACAAAGUAUGAACUCAUGGUUGACCUGCUGGUUAAGCUCUGUGCCAUGGCCUGCGUUGAACUACAACAGCAACAGAUCCCAGGGAGCUCAGUGACGGAGUCUUCAAUGUGUUCAGCUGCUGGCAAGACAGACUGUCGGAACAUGAAGGAAUUGUCCACGAAGCCAGAUGAAGGCUCCAAAUCAUCACUUCUAUUUGAGUUACUACUCCAGGUUUUGACCUGUUAUUUAGCAGUACAGCGUCAACAAGCUAACCCAAACAGAGUCUUGGUAAUGCUACUCAGCCACCUGUUCCAGCCGUUUGUCCUCGUGAGACACCUGCUGACUUCUGCCGACCUCUCUCGCGCUCGUCCGCAACUCCACCAGCAAAUGCGGAGAGACAUUUGUUUGAGGGUAGAUUCCGUCCUUCUCUUUGCGCUCUUCCCGUCCGAGCACUUGACCUCGUACAAGGAGGAGCUCCUUCCAACUAAAGGCAUUGCUGGAAAAAGCGGCGCAGGAGGGUCUAAGGGCCCGUUAAAACCGGUCACCGCCAUACUUUCCAAACUGACUGCUCAGGAUUAUUGCGAAAAGCCAUCGCUAUACUCGUUGAAGGCCAACACGGUCUCUCUGCUUUUUAGGUUUUUUCUGGACAGCUAUGCUAAAGGCAAAGGAGAAAAUGAUGAGGAACAAAAACUUUUAUGUUUUCAUUUUCUCACAAGACUAGUCCCAAUCUUGGAUCUGGGUCCUGAUAUGCAGUCACGUUCCCCCGCAGAAGCAGACCCGCUUGUGUCUGCAUGCCCAGACCAGACGCCCUCUCCUGCCUCUCCCACUUCUCCACAGAACUGGAGCCUGGCCCUGACUGCUCUGGAGUCCCUGCUCGGCCAGGCUGUCUCAGCUGACAUCUAUAACGUAGCAGCAGACAGGAUAAGACACGGAGAGAUCCAACUCAACUUUUUCAGAGCCUUGGGACAAAUUCUAUUAAAUAAGGCUCAGCCAAGCAUCCCAGCUUGGCAUCACUGUUUCAAGGUGCUGUUAAGUUUGAACCAUCAAAUUGUUGAACCAGACCUGGAUCAGCUCCUGUCUUUGGCCUGGGUUAAUUUUGAAUGUACAGAUGGACAAGUUGAGCCGGCCAGACAGGUUCUGGUGUGUAGUCUCCUCCAGAUCUACACCAAACUGCGUCAGCUACCUCAUCUCUUUUCUGAACUACUGUCAGUGAUCUGUCAGCCUGCUCUGGAAGAACUUCGACCUCCGCUGCUUUUUGAUGGCUUUUACUCUUCCUUGAGCAGCUGUCUUCUAGACACCCCGUUGUCUCAGAGCUUAGAGAUUUGCUCAUUAGUGCUGGACGGCAUAAAAAAAUACAUACUCCCUGACCUGGGGAAUGGCGGUCAAGGCGACAAAGAAAUGGCGGACGUUAAUCAGAAGAAGAGACGAGAUUCUUCAUUGAAGCUUCUGUCUCUUAGCCAGCUUCUUCAUACUGUUUUGUUUCACACAAAGUCCAUAGACAGUGCUUCUCCUUUACCUUUAGUCAAGCAGGUCAAGGCACUAAUGAGCGAGAUGCACCAGGUAGUCGGGUUCUUAGAGCAGCUGAUGUCGGACGAAAAUCCCACUGUGAAAGCAAUGAAAGGAUCUGGACGAAACAGGUCCGGAAAAGUCAGGAAGGGUGUCAGUCGCCAAGAACUAGAGAAGAUUCAAGUGUGGGCACAGAAGAUGGUAGAGGCCACUCUUAUCCUCAGGUAUUCCUGGGUGGAAGUGGACAUGCUUUUUGACCUUCAUUGCAGUAAAUACAAACACCUGGGGGCUGAGGUUAUGGAAACUGAGGGCGAGGAUGUUCCCAGUGCUACGGUGAUGACUCACACGGAGACUCACGGAUGUGUAUACUUCUUACCAACGUGUCUGAGCAUGUCCUCCUCCACCAGCCCUGUUACUUGCCUGUUUGACAAACUGAUCACAUUGCAACAAGUCAAGAAGCUUAUGCUAGACAACGCACCGCUGUCUGAAAGUAGCGUUGCUGCAGUUAAAAAGGCCGUUACGGUUUUGUUGGCUAAACUGAAGAGUGAAGUGAAUACGGGUCUGGAGCACGAGUGGGAUGGGCAGAUCUGCAAUGUAAACUCCGACUCUUAUGCUGUAGCUUACUGGUAUCUCGUCACAACCAAUCUGCCUUUGAUUGCUCCUUAUUUGAGCGAAGAAGACAAGAAGUGCUUCACAGAUGUCCUGGUCACGUCGCUCCUAAGCAGACAAAAAGAUGACAAGCCGCGCAACCGUCUUACCGUGGCCACGAUAUCUUCACAGUUUCUCGAAAGUCCACUCCUUCCCGAGUUGCCUUCGCUUUUCUCCUCAUUUGUUUGUUGUCUCACUCAAAGGAUAAGAGAUGUUCUGAUCGCUGCGCAUCAGGAGUUGAGGUUUUCGAGGGUAAUGGCGAGCGAGAGUAUAGUUCUGGAUAUCCUGGAAACCUCCACGACCGGUGACGUGUGCGUGACACUGACUGGCGCGCAGGUGGAGGAACUGACGGACCUGGUGCGAAUCCUAAGAGACCUUAACCCAGAUGCGAUGAACUCUGAGGAUCUUUGCUCCGUUUUUUUCCUCCUCCUUUUCAUGCUGACCUCCACCUGUCAGCAAGACCCAGUGGGUGUUGAUUGUCGCAACGACCUGGUUCCCACCGCUUUUUUUGUACGUCUUCUCACAAUGCUGAACUUUCUCGUUCAGAGUAGUAAUUUAAAAGGUGUGUUGAAGGUCAUUCGUGGAGGGCCUCUGCUGCAGACUGUGGUCUCGUGCCUCCGUUGGCACAGCAGCAACAGAAGAUUCGCGACCACGUCCGAUGCUCUGAUUUCCUCCGGUUUGAUCAAAGCAGAGCAGAACUUCAUCGGGUCAUUGGUGCAGUUUAUAAUAAUUAACAAUAUCAGUGUCCAGCUCAACUUAGACCAGUUUGUCUCCUUUCUUACCCAAAAUGUAAGACCAAAUCCAGAAGCCUUUUUUCCCUGUGUUUAUCUUGAGCUUGCGACGCUGAGUAGUUUGGCCCAGGUGUUGAACUCUAAUUGUGGAAGAAGCAAAUCACUGGAUCAAACCUUAAUGUCCUUGCUGUCUAGAGUGACCGUGACCCUGGGAUCGGCUACUGAGUUUAUGUUGAAACCCCAGACUGCAAGUACAGGAGCCGGUCAACUGGACAGCGACUUCUAUCGGUCCUUUGUGGUAGAAAUCGUGACCGUUCUGUUGGAGUGCGAGUCGACCGCGCUUUCAGUAGCGACCGGUCCCUCUUUUAAACACAUGACUCUGUAUCAGGAGCUGUGCCAGCAGAUCCUCAAAGACUUGAGCGCCAACCCUAGACCCAUGGACUUUCUAGUGUCUUCACUCCGCUUCUUGUCCACCUUCUACAAAGCAGUGGAAAAGAAGUGCGAAGACCGGGAGAAUGAAGGAGGAGCUCAGGAGGCACUGUAUGUUCAGAUUCUGCAGGGUGUAUGCAGUCUGCUGACAGCUUCCUGGUUGUCUUCGGAAAACAUCUGUGAGCUUGAACCUACAGUAGAGGAGCUUCUCCAGCAACUGACAGAGAAAAGUACAACUCACCAUUUGACCCUGCUGCUGGUAAUUGUUAAAGAUGGACUACACAGUGGAAAAUUAAAGGCAGGAAACUACAGGGAGGUGCUGUCUGCAGUCAUCAUCACUAAACUGCUUUUCUCCUGUCGGUUGCCUGACAACUGCUCUCAAGCCCUUUGGCUUAUUGCACCAGAGAUUAUAUCUGCCAUGGUGUUCCUGGUAAGAUCGUGCAGUCAGGAUGUCUUUCUGACGCUUGCUUUCGCAGUUCCCACUGUGAUAGCCUUGACUUCAAUCUUACGCCAUGGCGAGGGGCUUUUGUCCAACCCGCAUCAUGUUGUUGUUGCCCUUGAAGCUCUGCAGUGCGUCUCCCUUGACCACUCUUCCCCACAUGGUUACCUGUUGGCAUUUCAGGCUGUCCACGAGGGUCUGUUUGCUGUCAUCCAGUGUCAUUCUCAGGUGAUGUUGAACGCAGCUCCCUCCUUCCUAAACGUUUUCUCUCGUCUUGUGACAUCCGUCAUGUGCCGUGGUCAACAGAGAGGACACAGCAAGACAGGAUCAGAUGAUGACGUAUAUCUCCAGUGCUCCAGGCUGAUUGAGAGAAUGUAUUCUCAUAUCGCUGUAACGUCUGAGAACUUCACCACUCUGUCAGCCUACAUUGUAGCCCAGUAUGUCACAGAGCUUCAGAAGGUGACUCUGCGAGCAGAUAUUAAGCUGCAUCUGACCGAGGGCAUCUAUCAGAUUCUGGAUCUUUGUACAGAGCGUGAUAUCAAGUUCCUAAUGAGUGGACUGCAUAUGGGAGUGAGAGAAGUGUUCAAUGAGUUGUACAGCAGCUACACACACUACCAUAAAACACAAAGGCAAGGCGAGGAGAAGUACACCGUCUGAAAUCUCUUGAAAUCUUUCCUUAAGGCCAAAUAAAGUUCCUUGCUGUGGUGUUCUGU